AUGUGGAAUAGAAAGCCUCAGCCUCAACCUCAACCUCAACCUCUGAACCCCUUUGCUCAUCCCUUUUGGCCGUCGUUUCAUCCAAAGCUGCCGCAACUGCGACUGGAACUUCCACCACUUCCUCCACUUCCUCCACCGCCAUUUAUAGGAACAUCACCAACACAGCCACCAUGGCUUCACCCUCCUCCUCUUAACUGUUUCCCAUUUAUGACAGGCUACCAUUAUUAUUCCCCAAUUAACCACGACGAUCCGCCUUCGCUCGUACCUCCUGCUCCCACGUAUGUCUACAGCACCGCCACAGCCACAGCCACCGCCUCCUCUGCCGCCAGAAAUAUCACCAAGGAGAGGGUUGAGAGUGGUUUGGAGGCGAGAGAGGCAAAGAAAGAAAGAGUCAAUGGGUGCAAGAGUAGGGUUUUACCAGCUGAUUUCAAGGGUUUUCGAAGUGGGUUUCACAGGGUCCGAAAAUGUCGGCGGGCAUCGAUUCCCAGAUUUGUUAAUCAUGGAAGGAACCCAGAUCAUCCCCUUCCUCCCCAAACCAAAGCUUCUUCUUCUCCUCCGCUUCAUCUUCUUGGCUGCUCGGUUAUGAUAAGACAUAUUCCCAGCAAGCUCAGUAGGGAGAUGCUGAUAGACUUGUUGGACAAGCACUGCAUAGAAGAGAACGCCAAGAUCAAGUUGGGAUCGAGUUCAUCUCUGUCAGCAUACGAUUUUGUGUAUCUUCCUAUUGAUUUCAGGACUGGGGUAAACAAGGGUUAUGCAUUCGUGAACUUCACAAGUAAGGAAGCAGCAGAUAGGUUCAAAACUUCGUUUAAUGGUCACAAGUGGCAUCUUUUUGCAUCAAAGAAGAUCUGUAAUAUUGACGAUGCUCGUAUUCAGGGAAGAGAAGGAUUGGUAGCCCUUUUUCAGAGAUCCAAGUUCCCAUGUGAUACAGAUAAGUACUUGCCGGUUCAGUUCUCGCCACCCCGUAAUGGCUCUUCCCGGUGCCCCUCUCCUUCCGUCGUCGGAUCUAUUUCUGAAAAAACGAACAGACGCUUCUUCUCAGCUGUGUGACAGGACGAAGUGACUACUUUACCCUUCUGAGUAGA